GUCUUGAAAAAAAUUAAAAAUAUAUGAAUUUUCCAAUUAAACUUCUUUUUCCGACAGCAAAAGAAAGUUAUAUUAGCCAAAAUGAUAUAAACUUCUCUUCUCCUCUUUAUAUUCAGGUUCCAUAUGUUUCUGUGCUUAUAUCUAUUGUACUUGGAAGAGAACGGCUAAGAUGGAUGUCUGAAAGAUUGAACUUUAAUGAAAAAAAGGAAAAGUCUGUGCUUAUUUUAUGUGGAUAUACAAAAGAAACUUUUUUAAAAGAGAUUCUACAUGUUCAGGAUAUACAACAUUUUUCUACCAGUAAUUCUGAAACAUCUAUAUGGUCAGAUGAUUCUUUUUGGACAAUGGAUGCAACAGGUGCAUGGAUAUCUGCAUCAGAAUAUAUUGAUUUAAUUUAUGUUCCAUCGCUUCGGGGUCUUCGCGCUAUUUUAUCAGUAUAUCAUUAUUCUUCUUCAUUAAAUAGGCUUGCUAUAUGGUCAUUUCUAAAGAUUCAUGAAGCAUCUGGAGAAUUUUCAGCACAGGGUCUUUCUAGGACAAUAGCAUUAGCUAUUGAAGCUUGUAGAAAUGAAAAUAUAAUUUUUUGCGAUUCUAUUUCCAUAAAAUCACUAAUUCAACUUCUUAAUAGUAGUACAAAGGUAUCUGGGAUCUCAGUUUGUUCAGCAAUUAGGCAAAUUACUGUUGAAACUGUUAUGGAGAGAUGGAUUAGUGCUUUCUGGGAAAUUGUUAGUUUAAAUGAACAAGGAAUUGGGUAUGGCAUUUGGAAAUAUCGUGGAGAGCAUUGGAAAGUAUGCUGGAAAGAUUCAGGAAAUGGAGAAAUUAGCGAUAUUGAAUACAUACGGCUCGAUUAAUUAAAAGACAUAGCAAAAAAUCAAAGUGUUGUAUAAUUGAUAUUUAAAAUUAUAAAUAAUUAUGAAGUGGCUGCUAUUUCCAUACAUCGAUUCAUUUCGUCCAUAUAGAGUUCAACAUGACUUUUAAGUUUCGAAAAUUCAUUUUGAAUAGCUAAUACUUCUGAUUCAAUAUGAGAACGCAAUUCUGAUAUUUUUUUCUCAGUAGAUUCAAUUAUUGUUCUUUUUCUAUCCAUUUCAUGUGCUCUUUCUGCUCGUUCGACUGUUAUAAUGUUAUAUUCUUUCCGUAUUUCGGCCAUUUUCUUCUGAGCAGCUUCACGUUUUGCUUCAGCAGAACGUUGAAUUCUGGCAAGUUUAUCUUCAGCAUUUGCCAAUUGUCGGUUUAAUUGCUAUGUUAAUAUUAGACUGGUAAAUAAUAUUUCAUAAUAAAUGCCUGAUCUUUAACUUCCACUUCACGCACUUCUAAUUCUUUUUGGUCUACCAUUUCUUGAUGUUUAGCAACCUUACGAGAUGCUUCUUCUACUUUAGCAAUUUCAAUCUCACAUUCUUCCAUUAAUUUUAUACAAUUUAAUAUAUCCUAUAAAAAUAAGAAUUAAUCCAGAUAAUAUAUAAAAAUAACUUGUUCAACAACUCCAAUUGCAUCAAUUUUAUUUUGAAGCUCUCUUGAUUUUUUUUCUAAUGAUGCUAUAGAGCUUUUUUCUGAUGCUAAUGAUGAUCCCAUAUCUGAAAUAAGUUGUUUUAGUUUCUCUGGAGAAUGUACAAUUCUUGAACGAAGUUUCAUACAUUCUUGCUUUGUAUUGACUGUAAUAAAUUGGUUGUUUGUCUUAUAAUAAUUAGAUUUUAAGAACAAAUAAAUAUAUAAUACCAAACGCUCAGCAAUUUCUGCUUUUUCCGUUUUCAAAACAUCAAUUUCAUUUGUAAGAGCUGUUUGUAUCUUUUUCAACUCUCGAAGGUCAUUUGUAAGUGCAACAUUGAUCUCUUUUGAUUUCUUAACUAAUAACACUUCAUCUGCUUGCUUUAUUUUUAGAUUUUUAAGUUUUUCUGACAAAUCUUGGUUUUGAAAAACAAGAUCUUGAUGUCUAGAAACAUACGAUUCCUAAAAAAUAUUUGAUAUACUACCUUAUAAUGUCUUUUAUACAUACUGCUUUUUGUGCAUGUGUUUCAAAGACCGGCAUACGCUCUUCUCUAAAUUUUGCAAAAUUAAUCACUGCUGAAAGAAUUUUCUUAACACGUGCAGCUUCCGGCUUUAUCAAAUCACGAAUAGAAAAAUCAUCA